GUGUGUGUGUGUGUGCGCACGCACACACACACUGACACAGGCCUGAGCACACGCCUUCCCCACCACCUGCCAGUCUCCACCCCCAUAGCCCUUAUAGCCACAUCCUCCAAGGAAAAACCCAGACUCCUGUGAAGGCGGAGGACCGAGGAGAUGUGUGCAGAGGCGUGGCGGCCUGCAGCCCUGCUGCUGCUGGGCCUGGGGCUCGGAGCCUGGGCGCAGCUCCGCUGUGUUGGCAACACCUACCCUCAAGGUGUCCGGUGCUGUCCUGACUGCCAGCCCGGCAGUGGGAUGGUGCGGCGAUGCGACCGCACCAGAGACACCGUGUGCCGCCCCUGUGAGCCUGGCUUCUACAACGACGUGGCCAACUAUGAGCCCUGUAAGCAGUGCACAAAGUGCAACCACG